UUACAUCAGCCAAUCAGAGCGAGGGGCGCUGCAGCUUAUAAACCCAUCUGCUGUCGAGCCUUUCAGUUCACUGUCCCGGCUGUUCUAUCAAUCAUUGACCCGAGCUGCAUCCCUGAUCUACCGCAACCGUGAAGAUGGCUGCCCGGACCAUGCAAGCGGCGCGAUGCCCGACAGAUGAGCUGUCUCUGACUAAUUGUGCCGUGGUGAGCGAGAAGGAUCUGCAGUCAGGACAACAUGUGACUGUGAAGACCACACCCAACCACAAGUUUGUGUUUACAGUGAAGACCCACCACACUGUGGCAGCUGGAAGCAUCGCCUUCAGCCUGCCGCAGAGGAAAUGGGCCGGUCUGUCCAUUGGCCAGGAGGUGGAAGUGGCCAACUACAACUUUGACAAAACCAAGCAGUGCAUUGGCGCCAUGACAAUCGAAAUUGACUUUCUGCAGAAGAAGAGCACUGACUCCUCCGCCUACGACUCAGACAAGAUGGCUGCCGAGUUUAUCCAACAGUUCAACAACCAGGCCUUCUCUGUUACCCAGCAGUUAGUGUUCAGCUUCUGCGACAAGCUGUUUGGCGUGAUGGUAAAAGAAAUCGAGGCCAUGGAUGCCAGCAUCCUCAGAGGAGAACCAGCUUCUGGAAAGAAACAGAAGAUCGACAACGGGCUGAUGGUGGGGAACAGCCAGGUGAUUUUUGAGAAGGCAGAGAGUUCAUCCCUCACACUAGUUGGUAAGGCAAAGACCAAAGAGGCACGACAGACCAUCAUCAACCCAGAGUGGAACUUUGAGAAGAUGGGAAUCGGAGGACUGGACAAAGAAUUCUCCGAUAUUUUCCGCAGAGCUUUUGCUUCCCGAGUCUUCCCUCCAGACAUUGUGGAGCAGAUGGGCUGUAAGCACGUGAGGGGCAUCAUGCUGUUUGGGCCUCCAGGCUGUGGUAAAACAUUGAUGGCCAGGCAGAUUGGCAAGAUGCUUAACGCCCGCGAGCCGAAGAUCGUUAACGGCCCCGAGAUCCUCAACAAGUACGUAGGAGAAUCUGAGGCGAACAUCCGCAAACUGUUCGCUGAUGCAGAAGACGAGCAAAAGAGGCUGGGAGCCAACAGUGGACUCCAUAUCAUCAUCUUUGAUGAGCUGGAUGCCAUCUGCAAGCAGAGAGGCACAGGCGCCAGCAGCACAGGCGUGCACGACACCGUGGUCAACCAGCUCCUGUCCAAGAUUGACGGAGUGGAGCAACUUAACAACAUCCUGGUCAUCGGUAUGACCAACAGGCCUGACCUGAUAGAUGAUGCCCUGAUGAGGCCUGGCAGGUUUGAGGUCAAGAUGGAAAUUAGUCUGCCUGAUGAGAAGGGGCGUGUCCAGAUCUUGACCAUCCACACCAACAAGAUGCGAGGCUUCAACCUGCUCGCUCCCGAUGUCGACAUCAAGGAGCUGGCAGCCGACACCAAGAACUACAGCGGUGCAGAGCUGGAAGGGCUGGUCAGGGCCGCUCAGUCCACUGCCAUGAACCGACACAUCAAGGCCACAUCUACAGUGGAAGUGGACAUGGAGAAGGCAGAGAAGCUGCAGGUCACCAGAAGUGACUUCUUGGGAUCCCUCAACAAUGACAUCAAACCUGCGUUUGGUACGAACCAGGAGGAUUACUCCACCUACAUCAUGAACGGCAUCAUCAAGUGGGGUGACCCAGUCACUCAUGUCCUGGACGAUGGAGAGCUGCUGGUACAGCAGACCAAGAAUAGUGACCGCACACCACUGGUGGCUGUUUUAUUGGAGGGCCCACCCCACAGUGGAAAGACAGCCUUGGCAGCUCAGAUUGCAGAGGACUCGGAGUUCCCCUUUAUUAAGAUGUGCUCUCCAGACAAGAUGAUUGGACACUCAGAGAUCUCCAAGUGCCAGGCAAUCAAAAAGGUCUUUGAUGAUGCUUAUAAGUCUCAGCUCAGCUGUGUGGUGGUGGAUGACAUUGAGCGUCUGCUGGACUACGUCCCCAUCGGGCCUCGUUUCUCCAACCUGGUUCUUCAGGCUCUGCUGGUGCUGCUGAAGAAAGCUCCACCAAAGGGUCGGAAGCUGCUCAUCAUCGGCACCACCAGCAGGAAGGACGUGCUGCAGGAGAUGGAGAUGUUAGACGCAUUCAGCACCACCAUCCACGUGCCCAACAUCUCUACUGGGGAGCAGCUAGUCGACGCUUUAGAGCUGCUGGGGAGCUUCACAGAUAAAGAGCGGUCCAGCAUCGCACAGCAGCUCAAAGGGAAGCGAGUCUGGAUCGGCAUCAAGAAACUCCUCGGGCUCAUCGAGAUGUCGCUGCAGAUGGACACGGAUUACAGAGUGACCAAGUUCCUGUCUCUGCUCAGAGACGAGGGGGCGUUGAAUGAAGGCGAUCAAAUCCGAAUUUAAGCUGUUGGUCGCUCUCGCUGUGCACUGUGAUCGCAGCUUCUAUGAGUAGAGAAGCUGGAGAAGCGAAGCAAACAUCUCGCCGCCAACAAGCCACCCAAAAUGAGGAAGAUGAGAAGAAGAAAAGAAAACAUCUUCCUCUUGUCCUUACACCCAGUGAUCCAUCCAACCGUCCAUCUACUUAAACACACACCUGGUCAAAGAGAGGAACACACAAGUCCUCUUUAUCUCAGCAUGUUUCCGUGUGGCAAUGUCACUGUAUACCCGCCCUCCUCCUCUUCAUCGCCAUAAUCUUUACUUAUCGACAUAUCACAGCAAACUCCUGGAAGUCGUACUGUUAAAAAAUCUUGUUAUCUGUAAAGAAAUUGCAAUAGAUGAUUGUAAAAAAAAGUGCUGUUUUGUGCAUCGUGCGUAAAAAUAACUCAAAAAAAGAAAGAGCCAUGUAUGUUUUCAGCUGAAGUAUUUGUUGUGUUUGUUGCAUACCCUUCGUGCUGCUAAAGAUAACUAUUGAUUACAAUAUGUAUCCUCACAAACACAAGCGGAAUAAACUCAAAACAUCCAGACUUGACACUAAUCCUGUUUAAAUAUUUAAGACUUGUAUCUGAGAGGCUUUUAGUGAAUAUGUAGUGGUUGUAAAAAAAAGAAAAGCUGUUCCAUGUGUAAAUGUAAACUCCUUUAAAUAUACAGUAUGUAACUUGUUCAUGUUCUGUACAUAGUAUAUAUAGACGAAAUGCAGUAUAAAAAUAAUUGAAAGGAUCAGUCUCAUGUCUAUUUCGUAUCAGUAUGAUUCUUCCCUUUUGCUCCAGAGAUGUUGACUUUACCAGGUUACUGUAAUAGUGAAAGUAAAUGUUGGAUUGCUUUCUGUCUGUGUUGCGUGCAGUACAGUUCAGUCGAGCUAUUGUAGCUACAGUGUUCAAGUGAAAACAUAUUCCGCACUUUUAACAUCCACUCAAAGAAACCUUUAGUACUACAGAACUCGAGCUUGUGUCCGCUCGUGUGCAUGUGUGGGGAACUAAACAUUGCAUGUGUCUGGUGUGUAAGAGUGUGUGUGCGUGUGUGUGUGUGUGUGUGUGUGUGUGUGUGUGUGUGUCAGAACGUGCUUUUGAACGUGAGCAUGUGUGUGUGCAUUUGAAUCCAGGUUUAGACAGUCAGCGGUUAGUUUGUGGGGGUUUUCUCAUGUCAUGUGUUCGGUGCUUAUUGUCCAAAGUUCUUGUUUUGUUCUGACCAUUGACUGUGUGCGUGUGUCCGUGUGUGUGUGUGUGUGUGUCCGUGUGUGUCCGUGUGUGUGUGUGUGUGUGUGUGUGUGUGUGUGUGUGUAAAUAUAUAUCAACAUGCAGAUGUAUUAUUGCAAUAAAAAGCACAGAUGCACAGAAAAAAUAAACUUCCAGCUGCUUG